ACCUGACUACCUGACUACCUGACUACCUUACUACCUUACUACCUUCCUGAAUCUCGUUCUCCCCAUAUCACCCCUCUAGAGCCUUCAACAAUCGAAUCUUCAACAGAUUCUCAUUAUUUUGGGGUUUUGGUUUCUUGUUUGUCUUACUUUAACCCUCUUUGCUCUCAAGCCUUUUUGUUUGCACUUGUCAAAAUCUGCAGCUUCCCGAAAUCGGGUCUGAGGAAACGACAAUAACAAGAGGCAUUGAGUUCAAAAUAUAAACGGUGAAAAGGCUCCUUCUCCUUCCCCUUCCUCCUCCUCCUCCUUCAAACUUUUCCCCUCUUUCUUUUAGAGCUACUGUUUGUCAAUCAUUCACUCCUACCGAAUCUUUAGUCUGCUUCUGUCUCUGUCUCUGUCUCUGCUUCUCCACCUCCACCUCACUUCACAUCUCUCCCAUCCAACAAGAAUCAGUGCCUCUAUUCGCAGUACUGCUUUGUCUGCCUUUUCGCGAUUCUCCAGUACAACUUGCCUUGCCAGGUAACAGAGGGCUAGGCCUAGUUUCAUUCAAGAUACCAAAUCUUCACAUCGUUUCACCUCACUUUUCGAUUCCAUCACCAUUUGUGAGAUCGAGAUCCUACUCGUUACCCUCUUUUCCGAUCAACUAGAUUAUUCUUUCUAGUCAAGGGAGACGUUCUCAGCUAAUAUAAAGGUAGUAUUUUGUAAGCUUUUGAUCUUAUCUCUUUAUAAUGAUUCCAGAAAAUUACAGCUAAACUUGUCCUUAGACUCUAGACUCUAAAAUCGUCUUCAAGAUCAAGAUCGAUUCCUCAUUUCGUUCAACUACAUGUUGCCACAUCCAGUUUCUUAAUCUCACCCAUGGCAAUCAUGACACCGAAAGUUCCAGCUAUUCAGAUCAAGCCUGACGCUAACGAGUCCGGGAAAGUCGUACUGUUCAUCGACAACAUACAACCCGGUACCACAAUCUACGACUUGAUCAGUAGUCUGGAAAAUCGAGGUACAAUUACGUACAUUGAGAUUUUUGAGAACCGAGUCCAAGCAGGAAAAGCAGCAGCGCAUAGAGGAAAAGUAGUGUUUUCGCCUCCUCCGAUUCCUUUCUGGGAUCGCCCAUAUCCAAUCAACCUCGAAAAAGGCUCCACUUAUGAUGUUCGCAUCCGUCAGGAUAUGAAUUCAGGAAGAGAAAGGAAAGUCCCAAGCCCGUUCAGGAAAAAUGUCUUCUACCCAGAAAAGACAAAACUCAUUCCUUCUACGCUUCAAUUUGGAGUCAUGAUAGAACCAGAAUGCAUGAUGCCUAUGCAAACGGUGAGAUCUCAGAACCAAAAUGAUCUUGCCCUUACCGUGGAUCUGAAGCGUAGAAAACUGGAAGCUCAGUUUUCGAUGUAUUUCACCGAUCCAAGAAGUCAUGGUGACAAAAGUUUCCCGUGUAGUGAACCCAUUGGACACUUUGAUCGAAAGGAGAGAUAUAUGUUCAACAUACCUUUCGACCAAUUGAAGUCAAUCCAGCGAGUUAAUCUGGGCGAUCGAAACUUAUCACUCUUGAUAACCCUGGAUAGUCCACCGCAAUUCUAUCGCUGGCGUGAGGACCAGAAAAGAUCUCAGCAACCAGUACUAUCAUGGACCGAAUGGGAUAGCUGGUUUCGGCAAACAGAUAUUGAAUACAAUCCUUUCUUUGUAGAAGGUAUUCCACUUGCUUUGCAUAAGGAAAGGCCGGUAAUUGAUAUUGGUAAGUCUACAUUGGGACAUUCUUGAUUCUAUGAACGGUACUAACUGAUGUAGGUCGUUGGACCACCUACCGCUGGGUUUUCAACGAUGGCCAGUGUGCGCCUGAUGAACUUCAUAAAGUUCAAAAAGCUCUUCAAGAUUUCAACAUUGAAAUUAUCACGCUAGAUAACUUUCGUCUAAAGCCCAUGCGGAAAGCUGAGUUAUGGUCUCUUAUAGAUCCACGUGGGGCUAGAAGUGCAACGGCAGAUGUCCAUUUACAUGAUUCCGGAAGGGUUACAGUACCACUACCAUUCGAGGUAAGGUAUCAGCUCGAAGUAUGCAUCUCACGAGAAAUCAUCAACGAAUAUAAUAUCGAUGAAAAGUUCAUAUAUUCCUUGGCCAAGGUAGCUGCACAGGCUCCAGCUAAGGCAAGAGAUUUACUGGAGUACGUCGCCGAGAACUACAGCUCUAAACGGUUGUAUAAUCCUUCUUCUAUAUUUACCAACAAUGAGGCUUUAUCAUUCUCCUCUAUGACUGAUAUUCCCCAUUAUUGCGCAUUUUCCCGGAAGGCGACAGUGACACCUAGCUCAAUUUACUUCAGCUCGCCCACUGUUGAAACUACGAAUCGAGUCUUGCGACAUUACUCAAAAGAGAACAGAGAGGGUCGAUUUUUGCGUGUCCAGUUCACAGAUGAGAAAGCCGAGGUUAGUUCUCCUGUUCUUCAGUACUAUUCAUCCUUUGCUAAUAGGUGCAGGGCCGGAUCAAUGCAUGCGCCGAUAAGAUUCGUAACGAUGGAUUAUUCACAAGAGUGUUUAGAGUAAUCAGCAAUGGCAUUCGUGUUGGCAAUAGGCACUAUGAGUUUUUGGCUUUUGGAAACUCUCAAUUUCGAGAGAACGGAGCAUACUUCUUUUGCCCGCCAGCCUAUUUGUCCUGCGACGACAUUCGUCAAUGGAUGGGAACCUUUUCCCACAUCAAUAUCGUUGCAAAAUACGCCGCAAGACUUGGCCAAUGUUUCUCGACAACUAGAGCCAUCAGAGGACUCUCGGCACCAGACCUCGUCAAGAUUCCUGAUAUUGAAAGAAAUGGGUACUGUUUUACUGAUGGGGUUGGUAAGAUUUCACCGUUCCUAGCUCAAAUGAUUGCUGAAGAACUGAAACUCCGUACCAACUCGGCACCAUCAGCAUUUCAAUUCAGAUUGGGUGGCUGUAAAGGAAUCCUGGUCGUCUCCCCUGAUGCGAAGAAUAACGAAGUCCACAUCCGCAAGAGUCAGCAAAAGUUCACAGCUGUAUACAAUGGUCUUGAAAUCAUCAGAUGUUCACAAUUCUCCUCUGCAACUCUCAAUCGUCAGACAAUUACCAUUCUCUCGUCGCUCGGAGUCAAAGAUGAGGUUUUCUUGAAGAUGCUAUCUGAACAACUCUCCGACUACCAGAAUGCGAUGAGCAACAACACGAUCGCGCUUAACCUUCUCAACAGAUAUAUUGAUGAUAACCAUGUGACCAUUAAUAUCGCCAGUAUGAUCUUGAAUGGUUUCAUGACAGAAAAGGAACCAUUUGUUCUAUCUUUACUGCAUCUCUGGAGAGCAUGGUCUAUUAAACUGCUGAAGGAGAAAGCAAAGAUCAUCGUGGAGAAUGGGGCAUUCGUGCUUGGUUGUGUUGAUGAAACAAACACUCUUAGGGGCUAUACAAAACCAACUGUGGCAUGCGGUACGACUUAUAAAGAAGAUGAGUUACCUCAGAUCUUUAUUCAAGUCCGCAACAGAGAGAAUACAACUCAAUACAACGUUAUUGAGGGAAUCUGCCUUGUCGGACGAAAUCCAUCUCUUCAUCCCGGUGAUCUUAGAGUUGUGCAGGCGGUCAAUGUGCCAGCUCUGCAUCAUUUGCGAGACGUUGUUGUAUUCUCUCAAAGUGGUGAAAGAGACGUGCCUAGCAUGUGCUCUGGCGGCGAUUUAGAUGGUGACGACUUUUUUGUUAUAUGGGAUAAGAAUUUGCAACCAUCUGAAUGGAACUGCGAACCAAUGAGCUAUGCAGCUUUAGAGCCUGUAACUCUCAAACGAGCUGUGAAAGUACGGGAUCUGCUGAAAUUUUUCGUCAAGUAUAUGAAGAACGAUUCCUUGCCGACCAUAGCUCAUGCCCAUCUGGCACAAGCUGAUCUUCUCACCAACGGCAUCAAGGAUCCUAAAUGUAAGUACCCUUUUGCUCUUGUCAUAUCGUUUUGAUACUGAUUCCAAUCUCAGGCCUCGAGCUUGCGGAGCUGCAUAGCAAAGCCGUCGACUAUGUUAAAACUGGUCAGCCAGCUAAUAUGCCAAGAUAUCUGGCCCCCCAAAAAUGGCCACAUUUCAUGGAAAAGACCCAUAAACCCCUAUCAAAACAAUACCAUUCCUCAAAAAUACUUGGUCAACUAUAUGAUAAGGUUGAGAGUGUGCACUUUGUCCCACAGUACGAGGAACCCUUUGAUAAACGCAUUUUGAGAGCCUACAAGUUAGACAAUCCCAUUUUGAAGGCUGCUCGUCAGACUAAGACAAAAUACGACACUGCUAUGCGACGAAUCCUAGCCCAACAGGAUAUAAAAACCGAAUUUGAGGUAUGGUCGACGUUUAUCCUUUCAAAACCAAAGGUUGGAAGCGACUACAAACUCCAGGAGGAAAUGGCGUCAAUUACAGGUGCACUCAAAGAUCGGUUCCGUUUAGUGUGUAUUGAAAUGGCUGGUGGUAAAGACUUUUCGGUCCUCGGGCCAUUCGUUGCUGCUAUGUACAAGGUGACGAAGGAGGAGCUUGAUAUUGCAUUAGCUGAGUGUCGUACAACUAGAAUGGUGAAUGGAAUGGAAGUGCCAAAGAGACGCAUGAGGCCGGACUCAAUGCCCCUAAUAAGUUUCCCGUGGUUGUUCGAGAAAGAACUAGGCAGAAUUGCUACAGGCGUUGAAGCAAUUGAUGAUUUUGAAAAGACAGGCUUCAAAACUUUUAGCACUGGCAAGCCUCAAACCACGGCAUUAGAUCAUCAAAAGGAGUUGCGUAAGCAAGAUGAAGAUUUCGUCAAGCAAGAAAAUGGUGUGGUAAUUCACCGCGGCGAAAUUCUCGACUUGUUUCAGGACGACCUUUCGGACAACGAAUUCCAUUACGAUGGAGAACAAUCUGACGUGGAGUCCACAACUUCUACACCAGCCGUGGCGCUUGGCCCUCUAAUACCAGGAGACGAAACACGCCGCUCUGUCAAUAACAAGACUUCCGAGGAGUCAAUCCAAACGUCUAGGCCUCGAGAUAAUGGAUCCGGCUUACUCCCUGGAAACUCGCAAGGCCAUGAUAAAAUGGAAACGAAGCAUCUAGGAUCAUCUGUUAUGGAGGAAUCUGAUUCCGCUGAAGCUCCUACACCAUCUUCAUCUACUCAAGUUUCCUUUCCACCGGCUCUGGUUAGGCAAGAUGAAUCCGACUCAAACCUAUCUGAUGAUGGAGAAAUCGAAGAAAUUGUCGAGGACAUAGGCAAUGUGGUUCUUGAACCAUCUAUGAUGGACAAGCUAUCGGCUUUCGUAGACUAAAGACGUUUGGACCAAUUCAUUAACGUGGAUUUCGUUAAAUUUUUAUUUAUUUUAGCCUUUCCUACCUUCUCAAGAACGUCCAGCACUGAAAAGUGCUUUCACGCGUAGAUAUUCUGCUGCCACAAAUUGCGUAUCUUAGCUUCGACUCAAGAAGUUUUAGAGCUUUAAAUGUAGAAGUACAAAUGCCUGAUUUUGCAUGGUUCUUUGCCCAUGAAAGAUCUGAAGUACUUGAUAGGGAGAGAUUGAAUGAGCAGAUCUAAAAACUAGUUAGUAUAGCGAGCGUCUUUGCGUCACGCGAUUGAUUGAUUGCACAAUGAUAAAAUCAAAAUUACAA